UGAAGCGAAAUCCCCUGUGAACAGAGGACAGGAGCUCAGUCAGCUGCACUGGUUUCUGUCUGAUUGGUGCCAGGUGAUGAGCGUCCCUCCUCUUCAUGCUCCUCUGAAUGUCUACAGUAGUCCUGCUUAUUUUUUCAAAACACGAAAAGAAAGAAGAGAAAGCCAAAAAAGAAACAAGAUUGGGGUGUCGGGGUUGGAGAGUCAGCAGGGGCAUCUCCAGGAGGGUCCUGCGCCCACCGCGAAGCCGGCCUGGGGAGUUCCUGGCGCUGCCGGCGUUCCCACACUCCCCAGGCCACCCUGCGGGACGGGCGCGCAGCGCAGACAGGAAGCGGCCCGAGAUAAGGCUGCGGCCGGCCGGGCGGCCUGAUUUGCUGGGCUGCCUGAUGGCCCAGGCCGAGGCUUCUCUCUGCGCCUGAGACCGCGGCCGCCUCUCUAAAUAGCAGCCAUGAGGCGCCUGGGGCAGUGUCCUCGCGGGCCAGCGACGGACGGGACGCCGCGUUCGCCCAACGCGUGCUCAGGAGUCGGUGUCCUGCCUGCGCUCAGGAUGAGGGGGGAUCUGGCCCUGGCAGGCGUUCUAAUCAGCCUGGCCUUCCUGUCACUGCUGCCGUCUGGACAUCCUCAGCCGGCUGGUGAUGACGCCUGCUCCGUGCAGAUCCUCGUCCCUGGCCUCAAAGGGGAUGCGGGAGAGAAGGGAGACAAAGGCGCCCCAGGACGGCCUGGAAGAGUCGGCCCCACGGGAGAAAAAGGAGACGUGGGGGACAAAGGACAGAAAGGCAAUGUGGGUCGCCAUGGAAAAAUCGGUCCCAUUGGCUCUAAAGGUGAGAAAGGAGAUUCUGGUGACAUAGGACCCCCUGGUCCUAAUGGAGAACCAGGCCUCCCGUGUGAAUGCAGCCAGCUGCGCAAGGCCAUCGGGGAGAUGGACAACCAGGUCUCUCAGCUGACCAGCGAGCUCAAGUUCAUCAAGAACGCUGUCGCUGGUGUGCGCGAGACGGACAGCAAGAUCUACCUGCUGGUGAAGGAGGAGAAGCGCUAUGCGGAUGCCCAGCUGUCCUGCCAGGGCCGAGGAGGCACGCUGGGCAUGCCCAAGGACGAGGCUGCCAAUGGCCUGAUGGCCGCAUACCUGGCGCAGGCCGGCCUGGCCCGUGUCUUCAUCGGCAUCAACGACCUGGAGAGGGAGGGCGCCUUCGUGUACUCCGACCGCUCCCCCAUGCGGACCUUCAACAAGUGGCGCAGCGGCGAGCCCAACAACGCCUACGACGAGGAGGACUGCGUGGAGAUGGUGGCCUCGGGCGGCUGGAACGACGUGGCCUGUCACACCACCAUGUACUUCAUGUGUGAGUUCGACAAGGAGAGCAUGUGAGCCUCGGGCUGGGGCUGGCCGCUGGGGGCCCCACGUGUCCCCGCAGGGUUGGCAGGGCCAGAGCCCAGACCGUGGUGCCAGCCAGGGAGCUGUCCCUCUGUGAAGGGCGGAGGCUCACUGAGUAGAGGGCUGUUGUGUAAACGGAGAGAACGGCCUGUGUGUAAGAGGAAAAGAAAGUGUCCCUGGGGUGCUGUCUCUGAGGAAGCGGAGUUUCGUUACCGUCUUGUAGCCCCAAUGUCAUCAUGUAAUUAUUACGCAGAAUUGCUCUUCCAUAAAGCUCGUGCCUUUGUCCAAGCUGUACAAUAAAAUCUUUCAGUGGUGCAGUA